GAUUAACAAUUUCUAUUUAUUAUCUCAUCUAAUCUUAUUUAUCUUUGUUUUCACCAUUUACCAGGUAUUAAAUUGUCACUGCAACAAAUGUUUAAAGUUAAAUAAACGAUUGAUUGAUUUGUGUCUCUCUCUCUGUGAGUGUCUUUUGUUUACCAGUAAACAAACAUGUUGAUACAAUUACUUUAAAUUUUGGCCUGGACUUAAAUUUUACCUUUUUUUGGACAAUUGUGAUUAACAGUGAAAACCUUUUUGACUAAAAAUUAAAUCCAGUGACAAUCAACGCGAGUCCUUGACUGUGUUUUAAGUGUUUUAAUUACCAACAAUUUAAACUUAACCACCAUCACCAUUUAUAAGACUAACAUUUACCUAUUCAAUUUUAUUUUCCUAUCUCAACCCAUUCUAAUCAGGUCAAGGUUGAUGAUUUAUCCAAUUUGAUUGGUUUUUUUUGUUUCUUUUUGUCUUUUCAUUCAUCCUCAUUAAUUUUUGUUUCUUAAUUGAGCUAAUUUUAUAUUCGUUAUCCCAUAUCCAUAACCAUUAUGUUACCAUUGAACCUUGAGAAAUUUAAGAUUUCCAAGGUUUCCAUCAAUUAGAUAUUUGAUUUCUCUCCGUUUUGUUUUUAAUUCUAUUAAUUCUUGUAAACCAGUUAACCCAUCAACUAUUAACUUGUUCAACAAUCACUAAUUACUAAUCACUCUAACUAACUAGUUCCUAAGGAGGUUUAAUCACAUUAUGUAAUUAGAGAUUGAGACAAAAUGAAUGUUAAUUGUAAUUUAAUGACUAUCAUUAGUGAAACAUCAACAUCAACAUCAUCUGAAAGUUAAUCAAUCUAAUCAUUUACAAUUAACUUGGAUUAUGCUUUUCAACUUACUUUACAUCAUCAACAAUUUAAGUUUAUCAGAAUGUUGAUCAUCGUCUUGUUCUAACAACUAUUGAGUCUAUUUGUUUAUGGUUUACUUCCUGGUGUCCAAGGAUGGUGAAUCUUUCUUCUGUAUUUCAACCUUAUUUGCUGAUCAAAUUCAUUGGUAACUAAUAGUAGAGCCUCUCUCUUUUCUAUUGAUGUGAAGAGAAAAAUAGAGAAAAAGAGAAGGAGAGAAAGAGAGAGAGAGAGAGUGAGAGAGAAAAGUGUAUGUAAGAAGAGUAAAAAAGACAACAAUAAUAAAGGAAUAUCAACUAUAUCCAUAAUAUAUAUUCCCAUCAAAAUUGUGAAAACGAAUUUGCUUUUUUCUCUUAUAAACAUCAUCGAGAUCCUAUUAACCACCUUCAUGACUGUGAUUCCAAUUUGGUUGAUUUUUCAUUAAUUGUCUGGUUUUUUCACGUGGUUCCAACUAGAUUAUUGUAAACCAGUUGUUCUUGGCCUCACUGAUAUUUCUGUCAAACACACUCACAUACCUACUACAUACACUCAUAUUCUUCGCUUACAUUUACCAAUACACUCACACACACACAAACACAAAAGACAGAUUGGGUCUUCUUCCUGUUUACCUCUUAGGAAAUGUCCUCGACGAAAGGACAGAGUAUAUUGGAAAAAUGGUUACAAGAUAUGCCCAAUAGUAAUCAGAGAUCGGUGAAAAGAGAAAAACGAGACUGUGAUGAUCUGUUGGCAAGUAAAACGAGUAGCUCGUCCAACCUAUUCCUCAACCAGUUUUUACCAUCAGUAUCAGCUUUACCCUCAUUACCAUCAUCUGCAUCAUCAUCUUCAGCAACAUCAAGCUCAACGGGACCGAUAAACAACGGAUUAAGGGCUCAAGAUUUAUCUAAACUACCUAAGAAAGUACCUGAUAGCGUUCAAGAUUUAACCAAUUGUAUAGAUGCUAAAAGUAUUAAAGGAGUAUUUGGUUGGUCUACUGUCAACGAUAUUCCUUUACCUGUAAUCCUACGAGAGGAUCAAAAAUUGGUACCAGUCAGGGUUGUUGAACUAAAGGUCAUUGGUAAAUACAGUGAAUCCUUACCAUGGACAGUAUUCUCUUGUAUAAAUGUCCGUAGUUACUACAUUACAGACAAUGAGGCAAAACUAUUAAAUGAAAUCAAUGGAUUCCACUGUAAUUAUCUCUAUGGCUUUGAGCAAUUCACCUCAAAGGACGUAGUCGUCUGCCUCUCUGAUGUUGUAGCCCUAAAUAAAUUCUUGGAGCAAAGUGAACAAAUCUUCAAUCAAGGUCUUUCUAAAGCUGACGUCGAUGGUCUCGGUUUUAUUAAUGUAUCGGGAUACGUGAUAUUGCCUUAUAUUAGCAAGAAAACAGUUUGUAAUAAAACAUCAACAGCAUCUCCUCCACCUGAAGCCACCACUACACCUCCUCCGACACCGACAAGUAGUAGUAACAAUGCUGCUUCUAACAAUAACAUCCCAAGUACUGAAAAUGAAUCUUCAAACGAUGAUGGUAAUGGUUUACCGACCAGUGAAUCCAAUCCUGACAAUGAAGAUAGUUCAAGUUUCGUGGUACAAAAGUACGUCCCUGAGUCGUUGAGCACCAAAUUUUUCCUGUUGGUUAAAGAGAACAAAAUUGAAAUGACUGAAUGGGAUGCAUCUUAUUUAAAAAUGUUGUAUAUAUAUGCAGGUAUUGACAACUGUCAGAUUCCUCCAAAUGAUAAAUUGUGUUUACUUAGUGACCUCAAAUGGGAUUCGUCUCUGUGUCCACUGCAAAUAGAGGAAUGUGAUCCUAGAGGAGGUCAGAAUUACCAUCCACCUAAAAACUAUCUUACCUCACCAUAUACACACCGUGGACCUGAAAGAGUAGCCAUGGACCUGAAUUCUCAUCUCAGUCACCAUCUUCACUUACAUUCUCAUUUAAACCCUCAUCCUCAUCCCCAACCCGUUCUUCAAUCUCAUCAUCAUCAAACACGUUCAGUUUUCUCAAUGCAGAACUCAAGUAAACAGAACACGAAUAACCAUCAUAACCAUAGCCACUCUCAUGUCACCCACCAUCAUCAACCACUCAACUCUAGCAAUUGUAUCAAUCAUAAUCAAUCUUGGCCUCUUUCACCGGCUAACCGAAAAAUAUCCAGAUUAUAGAUUGUAAUAAAUUAAAAAAUUCAAAAACUACAAAA